AUGACGAUCCAGAGGAACGCACACGUCGGGAAACUGGCUGUUAUGCAGCGAAAACCAAACCGCGAUUACGCUUUGGCGAUUUUGAAAGAUAUAGCGCACCAAGUGUCGCUGCUGAUGCGAGAGAACCACUUCAAAGUGGGCCAGCUAGUUGAAUUCUAUCCCAAAAACAAACGUUUGCUUGGCAUGAACGUGAACGGGGGCUCCAAAAUAAUGCUGCGAUUGCGGCAGCCGUUUGAUGAGGACCAGUUUUUGUCGCGGGAACAGAUCUUGGGCACCAUGCUUCACGAACUGGCGCACAACGUUUGUGGGCCACAUAAUGCUGCCUUUUACAGGAAACUCGAUGAACUAAUGGCUCGACAGUGGGUUAUCGAGCAACGUGGACUAUUUGACGGCUUCGUGGGACGCGGACGCAAGCUAGGUGCGCGGCCUCGUGCUAGAAUUCCAGGUUUCGUUUUGGGUGACAGCAGCAGCAACAACAACCGGGGAGUAAACGUCCUCGGUGGUGGUGAUGAUGGUAGUGGUAAUAGUGGACUUUCAGGCACUCUUGAAUCGAAACUGCGAAACUCUGCCAAAGAAAUGGCCGCUCUAGCUGCUCAGCAACGUGCCAAAGAUGCGCAAUGGUGCGGUAGAUCGAAAAUCGACGAAGAGCCCGAUAUCAAAGAGCUGGAAUUCAUUGAUCUCGACAGUGACGACGAACCUGGGUCGUCUGCCAGCUCCAAAGAGCCCGAGGUGAUCGAUUUGACUUAA